AUGCAGACGGGAACCGUGAAGUCAUACAAUCCCCACAAGGGUUGGGGCUUUGUGGAGUGCAAUGGCCAGGACAGCUUCCUACACAAAAAAGAGCUGAAGGGGCAGUGCCCAUCAGCUGGUGAUCCGGUUUCCUUCAAAGUCGAGCCGUCAGAGAAGGGUACGGUGGCAACGGAGGUGACAGUCCAGGUGUCCGCCGAGGAGGCGUCCUACUUGGGUGAAAUCAAGCGCUUUAAUCCUGUCAAGGGAUAUGGUUUCAUCUCCUGCGAAGCCUUCCCUGAACAAGACGUGUUCGUGUUGAAGUCGGAGCUGCCACAAGGUUUUGGCCCCGAAGGUGGCCACUGCAAGUUCAAGGUCACGAAGGAAGAGAAGGGGCCGGCGGCGAAGCAGGUCCAGCUUCUUGGAGCUGCUGGGAAUCAAGCUCAACAGAUGAGAUCUUGGAUGGGCUAUGGAGGGUAUCCUAUGCCCUUCAUGGACUGGGGGAAAGGCUGGGGCAAGGGCUGGGGGAAGUGA